ACGGCACCCGCAGCGGCACCGGGGAGCUGUCAGUGCGCUGAGGCCUCCCCUCCGCCUCCUGCAGGAUCAACUCAUCGAGCGACCUCAUACUGCUUCCUCUCAGGGCCCUUCACCAUCGUCACUGCCCUCCUUUGGACGCUCUAAUAGCUGCUCCAUGUCUUCCUUACAUUGUGGUGCCCAGCACUCGAGGGAAGAAGUUCUGACUAAGAAGCAAACCAAGAAUUUGGAAUAUAAGCGGGAAAUGAGACACCUGUGGUCAUGGGGCGAAAUUACUGGAUGAAAGAGGAACCAAUAAUGCCAGCACUGAACUGGAAACCCUUUAUCUAUGGAGGUUUAGCAUCAAUCACUGCAGAAUGUGGUACUUUCCCCAUUGAUCUUACCAAAACACGUCUCCAGGUUCAAGGUCAAGUUAAUGAUGCCAAAUAUAAAGAGAUUCGCUACCGUGGAAUGGUGCAUGCGCUGGUCAGAAUAUGCAGAGAAGAAGGGUUGAAAGCCUUGUACUCUGGGAUUGCACCUGCAAUGCUACGACAAGCUUCAUAUGGAACUAUAAAAAUAGGCACAUACCAGAGCUUAAAAAGAAUGUUUGUUGAGCAUCCAGAAGAUGAAACCCUCAUGAUGAAUGUUCUGUGUGGCGUUCUUUCUGGAGUAAUCUCAUCAUCUAUUGCCAACCCUACAGAUGUCUUAAAGAUCAGAAUGCAAGCUCAAGGUAGAACAAUUCAAGGAGGAAUGAUGGGCAACUUCAUACAGAUCUACCAAAAUGAAGGCACUAAAGGAUUAUGGAAGGGAGUAUCAUUGACAGCACAGAGAGCUGCUAUUGUUGUUGGAGUAGAGCUGCCAGUAUAUGACCUUACCAAGAAGCACAUAAUUCUGUCUGGACAUAUGGGAGAUACAGUAUAUACUCACUUCCUUUCCAGUUUUCUUUGUGGGUUAGCUGGAGCCCUUGCAUCCAACCCAGUUGAUGUUGUAAGAACACGUAUGAUGAAUCAGAAAAGCCAAAACCAUGGGGGACACUCAGCCUACAAGGGCACUUUGGAUUGCUUGUUACAGACAUGGAAGAAUGAAGGCUUUUUUGCUCUGUAUAAAGGCUUUUGGCCAAACUGGUUAAGACUUGGUCCUUGGAAUAUCAUUUUCUUUCUGACAUAUGAACAGCUGAAGAAAUUGGAUGCCUGACAUGCUGAGCUGUGUACAGAAUUCUGUUCAUGUACUGUCUGAGUUUAGAGCAAUGUGCAAGUUGUCUUGAGUGUUUGCUCUUUAUUGUCUGAGCUGCUGGCGCCAAAGGAAGAGGUCACUGCAAGACUGAAUGAGAAGAACCUGGAAGUGAUUUCAAGGCAAACUGGCUCCUGUAAACCAUGGUUUGUGCACGUGAUUCAGUGGAUGAUGUGCACUGUUUUUCAGACUGAACCAAACACGGUGGAAUACCUUCUGUCAAAUGUUUCAAUGCUCUUGAAUGUAAAGAUCUGCAAUGCAACUUUGUGCAUCUGAGUCUCAAAGCAUAGUGUUUUAUAAGAGUCAAAGACAAGAUUUUUUUCUUUAUUUCCAUAGGUUUCCAUAAAGGAAGGAAAAGAAAAAUAUUUCUGUAAAGGAAAAAAGUAUUUCUGUAAGGGAAGAUAAGCAGAACUGAGGAGUUGGGCUUUUCCUGCUUUCAGAAAUAUAUGCAAUUGAUUGUAAUAGUUUAAAGCUUCCAGUUAACUGGAAGUGUCACAAGACAUCUUUGCUGGCUUUCAGGUUGGCACAAUAACUACUGCAGUGUAAAAUCUGUUUCUGGUUUUGAAGCUUUCCUAUGUUCUAAGUCCUGAGAUGUCUGCAUAAUUUUCUGGGAAUAAUCCAGCUUCAUUAGCAAGUGUGGUUGCUACAGUUGACAGUUUUGCAUAGCUUGAAGAAAAUUUUUUUUUUCUUCCAUGUAUAAUUCUUGAUUUCAGCAUAAGUGCUUCUUAAACAUAUUCAUAUGGAAAUUGCUGGUAGGAAUGAAGUUCAAACAAGUUCAUGCCCAUCUGCUGAUCUUGCAGAGAAACUUCCCAUGCCUCUUCCAUCCUUGGGAAGAAUUAUUGGUUACUGGCUAUUUUACACUGAGCAGUCAGGCUCGCUCAUGUGGGUGCCUAUGUGACAAGAACCUACCCCUCCAAAAGUAAAUCUACUAUAAAGACUGCUUUCCUCCUUUAAAAAGACCCCCAAGUCCAGAACUAGUGAACACUUUCAUAUACCAAAGAUGCUAAAGUUGCUGUUACAUGCAAGGAAACACUUGAUGUAGAAAUCAACCACAGCUUCUAUAAACAUUACCUUUAGGCUUAAAGGUAUAUGAAAACUUUAGGGCUGUUAACUCAACAGUUACAUCAAGCUUCUUAAGUGCUGUUGUUGAAUUCCAGGAAAAAGGAGUAUGUGAGAUGCAAAUUGCAGGACUGAUCUUCUGUGUUUACAGAGGGCAGCAAAGCAGGAUCCAUAGCUUUGGAUUUUUGUGGCCUUGUGUUAAUCUUUUACACAUUUUUCAUAGAAUCAUGCAUUCCACUUAAAGAAGUUUCAUUGAGAUAUCAAAAUUGCUGUAAUCACUUAAAAUUACUAAUUUUGAAUGCACAACUAGAAUUUUUAAAUGCACAAGGCACUUUCUUUCUGAAGGUAAAACAUUUUCUAUAUAUAGGGGUAUGCUGAUGUGCAGUGUUUCCCCUUACAACUGUUUCUGUGCUUUAAUAAAAAAAGUGUAAAUAUUUUUGUAUGCUGUGUAAGUAAAGUAUAUGUUUUUCAAGCCUAUUAAAAGCAUUAAAAUGUAAA